AUGGAGAUGAAAUCCGAACAUGUGAGCUAUUUGACACUCCUGGCUGUCUCUACGCUGUUGGCAGACAUGGACCUGCGUAAAAUGAUCCACUGUGAUAUAGCAAAGUUUGGAUUUGAUUCAUAUCUAGUGGUCACUAAUGCUCUUGUUGAUAUGUAUGCUAAAUGUGGAAAAUUGGAGGAUUCGGUGAAAGUAUUUGAGAACAUGAAAGCUCGCGAUAUAGUCACAUGGAAUACCAUUAUUGCUGCCUGCGUUCGUUCUGAAAAUUGUAGUUUAGGAUUGAGAAUGACCAACGGAAUGAGAACUGAAGGAGUGUCACCAGAUGUUGCCACCAUGUUAGGUAUCUUGCCCAUGUGUUCCUUCCUUGCUGCCAAGCGACAAGGAAAAGAGAUCCAUGGAUGUGUUUUAAAAUUUGGAUUUGAGACAGAUGUUCCAAUUGGGAACGCACUGAUUGAGAUGUACUCCAAAUGUGGUAGAUUAGAGGACUCAGUCCGGGUAUUCAAGUGCAUGAAAAUGAAAGAUGUGGUGACAUGGACUGCUUUGAUAUCCGCAUAUGGGAUGUAUGGUGAAGGCAGGAAAGCUUUCAGAGCUUUUCUGGAGAUGGAAGCAACUGGGGUUUACCCUGAUCAUGUUGCUUUUGUCGCCAUCAUUUUUGCUUGUAGCCAUUCAGGUUUGGUAGACGAGGUUCUGGCUUGCUUUGACCGGAUGAAGAAAGAUUACAACAUUGAGCCAAGGAUUGAACGUUAUGCUUGUGUAGUUGAUCUUCUAUCCCGUUCUGGACAUUUCGCUAAAGCAGAGGAGUUUAUCCUUUCAAUGCCGCUGAAACCGGACGCAAGUAUAUGGGGAUCUUUACUUAGCGCUUCUCAAGCACAUGGAGACAUAAAGUUUGCAGAACGCGUCUCAGAGCAGAUCAUCAAAUUGAGUUCAGUUGAUCCUGGGUAUUAUGUAUUGAUAUCCAAUGUAUAUGCGGCUUUAGGAAAGUGGGAUCAAGUAAGAAUGAUACGAAAAUCUAUAAAAGCUAGAGGACUCAAAAAAGAACCGGGAUGUAGCUGGAUGGAGAUUCGAAACACAGUUUACGUUUUUGGGACUGGAGACAAGUGUUUUGAACAGUUUGAAGAGGUUUAUAAGUUAUUAGGGAUACUUUCUGGUUUGUUGGCUAAGGAAGGUUAUGUUGCAAAUCUGCAAUUUGUUCUGCAUGAUGUGGAGGAGGAUGAGAAGAGAGACAUGCUUUGUGGGCACAGCGAAAGGCUUGCCAUAGCAUUUGGAUUGUUGAAUACGAAACCAGGGACCCCUUUGCAGGUGAUGAAAAACCUUAGGGUUUGUGGAGAUUGUCACACCGUGACCAAGUACAUAUCGAAGAUCAUGCAAAGAGAAAUAUUAGUAAGAGACGCCAAUCGCUUUCAUUUGUUAAAGGAUGGAACCUGUAGUUGUCGAGAUCACUGGUGA